AUGAAAUUGCUUAAAUAUCGCCUCCGUUUUAAGAUAGCUAAGAACCCAACUCUCCUUGUCCUUCAGAUCUCUAACCCCACUCCUCUUUUCUCCGCUUUAGAAAAUAUUUGCGCACUGAAAUGGAUUCAGUUCAAAAUUGUGAUCGAUGCGCUGUUGGCUACCUCGGAUAUUCCAGAUGUAACUGAACCACUUUUAACGCAAAGAUGCGUUGGUAAUGACUUUCAACUGGUGGAUAGCUGUGGUAGAAAUAUCGAUGAGUGGAGCGAAGUAUGCGCCUGUGAAGGAGAUCGCUGCAACACCUACGCAUCGUUCCGCAGUAUGAUUGAUCACUUCAAUGAGAUCUCAGCAGAUGUACAUAGAAACUACAGGGACACAGUGAGAGAAAUUAGAAGAAGCCAAAGCAGUACGUUAAUAAUUCUUCUCGUUAUAUUACCGUUGUCUGUUGGUGGGCUUGCUGUCUGUCUUAUAUUUGUAAACUAUCAUUGUAAGAUGUGCUGA